UGCUUAGGAAUUUUAGUGAGUGUCUAGCUCAUAAAAUCCAAACCUUCGGGUUUGAAGUUGCCCAAGAAAGCCGAUAAAAAGCCAGCUGAGACGACGGCUCAAACUGUCCCGUAAAACCAUGGCACUGCUCAAAGUGGGCCGAACCACAGACUGUCAGAGGACCGAGCCUGGUUUAUUGGCCUCUCUACAUCUCGCAUUGGCUGACUAACCAGCACAGUGGCACUCCUGUUCACGCAUCACUGAAACAUACUGGUCUCAAAGGAAUCCCGAUGAUCCUGUGCAGUCCGAUGAGCUUUGCAGUGCUGUGCUGCAUACUGUGGCUCGCUGCGCCUGCCUUCCUGCACUCUGAAUUCAAGGUGGCCUACGUGACCGAGCGCAGCAUGUACAUGUGCACAUGUGCCCAGGAUCUGACCUUCUGUGAGAAGAUGAACUCCAGCGAGUUCAGCAACUGCAAGGAUCAAUCAUCUGUCCUGCACAGGGCCGAGAGUCCCAGCCCGGUUCACAAAAAGAAUCUGACAGUGUGGUACAGCUCGCCUCUUAACGUGGCCCUCCUGCUGAACAACUCUGAGGUGCAGCACCUGUCGCUGAUCCAGUGCAAGCCCGCCGCCGAGCAGCCCGUCCCGUUUGAGUACUUCACAGUGCAGCGCUUGGAGACUCUAACGGUCACCUAUCCCUUCUGGAAGCCUGGACAGAGCUAUAAAAUGAUCAUAGGCAAGGACAGGGACGCCCCUUACCACGAGGAGGCGAGGAUCGCUGUCAUUCAUACCUCUGUGCUGACCGGGAAAACAGAGCUGAAGUCCUACACAGUCCAAACCAACGUGGACCGCAGCGGAAUGAUGUCCUUCCCGAACAUUUUUAUGUCUCGCAACGGGCUUUCGGAAAUGUCCAGGAUAUUUUUCACUUUUCUGUACUGAGAGGCAUUUUAGUUUUUUUUUUUCCCAGGAAUUUAAAAGCUUCAUUGUAGUCACUAUAACACAAAUAGCUGUCGUGCAUAAUUAAGAAUGGAUAUGCUUCAUGUAUACAAUAACAUUAUACUUAUUGCAUACAUUGCAAACAUCAAAAUCGUUCAGAAUCACAAAUGAUCAUAAUACUAAACCAGAACAAGUUUAUUCUCUGAGGUUUGUAAUGUGGGCUUUGCACAUGCGCUGCUGUUUUACUGAGGAUUAAAUUCUCUUAAGAUGUUUUGUAUUUACAAUAAAUAAAAUAGAAUAUUAUUGAUUUUUUUUUUAAUGUAUUUAUAUAAAUAAAAAAUGGCAAAGAAUUGUGUGAUGCUGUUGUUAAACAUUCUACCACCCUGCAGAAUCUGUUCCGCUUAGACCGAGAGGUAGUCAUUUGUAAUUUCUGUUCAAAAAAGCAAAAGCAAACUUGAGAUAAGAACGCAUUUGCUGCAGCAAACAUGCUGUUUUAGCUUGUCUCUACAUGUCUUUUACUCGUAUCUAAGCAUUCCGCAUCACAAGUGCAUCGCUGCACCAGGUGAGCUACUGAGCAAAUUUAAUAGAUCAGGAAAGCCAAUCAUCUGUGGGAAAAGGAAUAAA